UUGUUUCCUGUUUGCCCAGAGCAUGGCCAGAGAUACUGUAUAUAUUGACAAGAUUGUCUUGUCUCCUCCCUAACAAAUGCAGGAAGGCACACGGUCUGCUUAUCGCUGUAUUACCAAGUCAAUAGAUUUUGAUAGGCAUGGAUCCUCUCAUUUCGCCUCUUCCUCUCUUGCAAUUUUGAUUACUCGUCCUAAUCCCAAAUCGACCCCUAGGCCUAAACCCUAAGCUCUAUGCACUUGUGGAGAUCUGAGAUGUUUUGACAGGUGUAAGUGUAAAGGACGUCAGUGGGGACACUUCAGGCGGAGGAGUAAUUUUCACACAUUCACCCCUCAAACAUACUCAACAGUGAUCCCAGCGUUGAGCGCAAAUGUAGAUUGGGUCACAGCACUACUGUGAAGGACGUUUUCGCUGCUUGCUUAGCGAGUACAGCUUCUUUCCGAUUCGGCCCAUACCUGGUGCGAACUCGGGACUUCUGACUUGCUAGCACACAUGACAGUCCUCCUGAAUUUUUUUUUUUACCAGUCGGCACCACCCGAACAGCUAGCUAUUCGCCGGCACAAGUGGGGACACUUCAGGCUGAGGACUAAGUUUCACGCAUCCCCAUGUGCUACAUAAGCAAGGGGUAGUGCAGUGUUAGCACACAGUUACAGUGCCUUCAGAAAGUAUUCACACCUCUUGACUUUUUCCACGAUUUGUUGUGUUACAGCCUGAAUUUAAAAUGGAUUAAAUUGAGAUUUUCUUUAACCAAUUGCCUACACACAAUACCCCAUAAUGUCGAAGUGGAAUUGUGUUUUUAGACAUUUUUACAAAUUCAUUCAAAAUGAAAAGCUGAAAUGUCUUGAGUCAAUAAGUAUUUAACCCCUUUUAAUGCAAGCUUAAAUUAAUUCAGGAGUAAAAAAAUAUAUAUAUAUUUGAAAGGAAAUGACUGUUAUAUCGAAACUCCCUCUAGCUCUAGCCCAUGCCUACACCAAUCCAAUGCUUUUAUAUUUGUUGUCAGUACUGAACGAGCGCUCCUGUUUAAUCCCAUUUACAUUGCCUCUAGCUGGAUCCUGCAAACCUUAACCAGCAGGUCAUAGCAGGCCGGAAUGAAGAAAACACUACAUGUUACGCAUUCAUUUGCAACACAAAGAAGAGUAUAUAUUGUUUACAAGCUGAUACAUUUUGUAAGGUUCCACAAAAGUUGAAGGUUAUUGAACAAACAUAUUAAAUAAGAAAAUCUAUAACCAAUUGCGCUCUAAUAGACACUAGAUGGCGGCAUUUAUUCACCAUGACACUGGGAGGUAGCCCUUUGCUUCCCAACUGUUCAAGGGGUGGAAUUUCACUCUUGGAUGUGCUGAAGCACUAAGUAAGUUUAUAAGAAUAAUGUCCUGCAUUGUGACUUGUAGAAUAACCCUUAAAUAUCAGACCAUAAAGGUGAUUACCAGGUUGUUUUUGUAAAAUAUAAUUUAAUGCUGGCAAAAUAUAGAUGUACCAAUGUUUUCUAGGUGCCCGUACUUGCCUGUAGGCUUACUGUGUACUUUGAAUUGUGGAAUGGUGAUGACUAUGGACUGUCAAAUGCUGCUUUUAGAUCUAUUUCUGAAUUUUACAGAAAUAUAAUAUAGCUUUGUUUGACACUAUUGGUUUUAUCAAAAUAAAAUGUCUGCAUAUUUGUUUUUAUCAGAUCUGCUGUCCGUUUGGAAUUCAUUCUAAGUCGGACACCAAGGCCGAAAACGAAUCAAUCUGGUUACUGUUUCCUGGACACCUGGUAUUCAAACCAGUUAAUGAGGGCUUCAGCAACAACAACUGACAGGGAACUGGGGCCUAGUCUUUCAGUCUAAUACAAGACAAGCAUUACAGUUACAAUAAUAAUCCAAAUCUACAUAAAUAGGCAUAUUGAUGAGCAAUUCUUAAUUUCUAAAGCAUGUGUAAACAAGCACUUAUAAUCAGGUACCAUCAUGAUUUUAUAGGCCACUGUAAAAACUGUAAGCUAUAUUUUUUAAUGUCUAACAAAAUAAGUUUGAUCAAUGUUGCAUUCAUAUCUCCUCUGUCCAUUACAAUGUCCAUUCCUUCUAGAUUUCAGCAGUAGAGCUGACCCCUAACCAGUGUAGAUGUCAAGAGAAGCCAGGCUUCCAAAAAAAACCAAAUAAAAUAAUUUAUCUUUCAUCUCUCUGUGUUUCAGAAUUUUCCUUCAAUUCACAAGAGGCUGAAUUUAUCUCACCGGAGAAAGCAUCUGAGCGAGUGAAACAGCACCCCUCUGUCUCUCUAGGUUUAGGUCAUCUAUCUGAUGCUGUCUGGUCCAAACAAGACAUGAGCCCUAGGACCAUGCCCCAGGACUACUUGACAUGAUGACUCCUUGCUGUCCCCAGUCCACCUGGCCAUGCUGCUGCUCCAGUUUCAACUGGCCUGGGCCCUAGGACCAUGUCCCAGGACUACCUGACAUGAUGACUCCUUGCUGUCCCCAGUCCACCUGGCCAUGCUGCUGCUCCAGUUUCAACUGUUCUGCCUUACUAUUAUUCGACCAUGCUGGUCAUUUAUGAACAUUUGAACAUCUUGGCCACGUUCUGUUAUAAUCUCCACCCGGCACAGCCAGAAGAGGACUGGCCACCCCACAUAUGCUCUCUCUAAUUCUCUCUUUCUUUCUCUCUCUCGGAGGACCUGAGCCCUAGGACCGUGCCCCAGGACUACCUGACAUGAUGACUCCUUGCUGUCCCCAGUCCACCUGACUGUGCUGCUGCUCCAGUUUCAACUGUUCUGCCUUAUUAUUAUUCGACCAUGCUGGUCAUUUAUGAACAUUUGAACAUCUUGGCCAUGUUCUGUUAUAAUCUCUACCCGGCACAGCCAGAAGAGGACUGGCCACCCCACAUAGCCUGGUUCCUCUCUAGGUUUCUUCCUAGGUUUUGGCCUUUCUAGGGAGUUUUUCCUAGCCACCGUGCUUUUACACCUGCAUUGCUUGCUGUUUGGGGUUUUAGGCUGGGUUUCUGUACAGCACUUUGAGAUAUCAGCUGAUGUACGAAGGGCUAUAUAAAUAAAUUUGAUUUGAUUUGGUGGCUAGCUAGCUAGCUAGCUAGCUAAAAUUGUCCGUUUCCUAAAAAAAACAUGAAUGGAGAUAGGGAUUUGGACUUGUGACUUUACUUCAUUCUCUAUACUCGUUAAUGAAUAUAACAGUGAUUCUGAUCCAACCAUUAAUUCAUCCUUUACUGUGCCCCUGGCAUGGACACAGAAGUCAGAACCACAGCCACAUCCUAUGUAGCUUAUGUUGAUUGGACUAAAUUGUUUUUGCUAUAUUUUACUUGUCACUGUAUUAGAUUUAAUGAUGUUUAAUGAUGUUGAAAUUAUGCUGGAAUAGUGGAGGCAGCUCCUGUUUUCUUGCUCUUGUUUUUUUGGCGACGUGCGGUAACUCUGUGGUUCUAAAUCAAUACUUGUUAUGUGGUCCGAAAAUGUCAGAAACAUUUGCUUGACCAUGCUUUAUGUCAUGUAACUGUCUGUUACAUGCAAUAUGCUUUGUGAACUAAACCGGACAGGGGUUGCUUUCCGAUUUGUUAUAAAACAAAGGUGUGGUUGAAUUUAUUCUGCCACUGUCAUCUUAUUGUCUCGGCCUUUAAGACUAUUUAUACAACGGGUGGGUCUGAUGCUGAUUGGUUAAACCACAUUAACUCUGGCUACAUCUAUGACAUUAAAAUGCCUAUUUACUCUGUUCCAUUUGUCUGCCAAUCCGCUGUCUUCAGCUCAGCCAGGCAAUUUAUAAACUUGAUCGCCACUAUAAAAAGCAUCUAGAUAUUAUCUCACAUUUCUUUUAGACUAACAUUUAGUUUUCAACAGCGGAGAUUUAUAUAAACCUUGCUGUAUGUCUCUCUUGACAUUUGCAACAUUGUUUCAAUAUUCAAAUUCGAUCUCCAGCUGUCGAAUAGUAGUGAAAAUGUGGGUAGUUGGGAUGAGACAGGCAGGCAGCUUUUCUCAGCCAGUCAAAAUCAUGAAUCAGCAUCAAUUUUUAUGGAUAGAAAACAGAUCAAACUAAACAAAGUGCAGCUAGUUUGCAGUCUUUCCAGCUUCAGAAGUGAUUGUGUUAGCUGUGUUGUUGGCUAGCUCCUCUAAACAACAGUGUCCUGACGAGAGAGCACAUUUUCUAUGCCAGGUGAAAUAGCGCCUCAUUAGCUGAUUGUUAUGGAUGUAUCCAAAUAAAUGUCACUAGAAAACACCUUAUGCAAAUGCAGCUACUUUGUUGUUAUUCUGGCUGCACUGUUAGUUGGCUAGCUAGCAAGCAAGGGAUGCGAUUGUUGCUAGCCAGUAUGGCAAUAGAACAUUUAGAACGAAUGACAGGGUUGCGUCCAUAGAUGCAGAACAAAAAGACUUGGUCAUGUCUCUGGCAACCAAACCGAUAGAACGAACGACCAGCCGGCUUGGGUAGCAACUCUAGAUUUGUGUCAAGACUUUAUCUUGUGUAAGGAUGAAAUAGAAUGAAUAAAAAUCAUGUUUUUCUUGAAAAUAUGUAAAUCGUUAUUAGAAUAUGUUGGUAACCCGUUGUAUAAAAGUGAUAAUGUCCUCGUAGCCAACUUUGUCUUGGGCCUAACAACACCUGUGUCAAUAUAUCCUCCAAACCCUGGCUUCUCUGGCAUUAUCACUUAAAAUCAUGGUCGCAAGGCAUAUGAAUUACCAGGUAAUAGAGCAAACAACGCAAUUAUUGCAACCCAAAUGUUGUAAUAUGCCUUUUUUUCUGGCUUCCCAAGUGAUUUCACCAACGCACCGCUACUAUCCUUAACCACUGAUACAGGAUAUGAUUGUUCUUCCCCUAGUUAUUAAGGUUAGGGUUUAGUAGGGUAAUCUGAUCCAAGAUCUGUAGCGACGUGUAACUUCUACCUCAAGCUCAUCUGGCACCCUUUUUGUUUUUCCAUUGCAAAGACAAUUCUGGUCUGAUUACAAUACUAUUGACCUGCACACCCUAUCUCCUCCUCCUCUCUUUGGGAUGAUCACUAUCUAAUAGUAUAAAGCAUGAUUUAUACAAUGUUUUUUGGGGGUUAUUCAGUCUGGCGAGAUCAGUGAUCCUCCCAAGCAGGGAGGACUUACAGCGCUUGUUGCUAGGCUGUGGUUCUUUUUAAAGAAUAUCUUCCACUGCAAAACAGCAAGAGCUAUUCUGGCCUUCAUCUUAUUGGUUGGUGAUGGGGGUGGAGUACCAAGGACUGAACACUGAACAGGACAUUCAAAAUGGCGUUUAUGUUAUUGCUGCUUUUUGCAAAGCAAUGCAGUUACAGUCUAUCCAUGAAUUAUUCAGUUAUAUCUGUAUGCAAGAGAUUAUAACAUGGUCAAUGUACUGUUCAAUAAUUAUUGAGGUGAAUAUAGGGCUAUGCAACACGUGAUGUAAUGUGUCUGCUGAAAUGUUUAGUGAAAUAUACAGGACAGGAGGAAUUAAAACAAAACUGUGUUUGAUAUUCAAAACUACAAAUUAUUUCACUACUGAAGUUUGUUUACAUCUUGCCUUUAAAUGGUCUUCAUAAACACAUUUCUUAGGAGGCACACAAAAUGUGUAUUUAAAUGCAUAACAUAAAUAAAUAACCCUUUGAGAAUACAUAUUUGGGUAAUGUAGGGGAAUCUUGCAACAAUGUAUCCUUCCUCCUUGUAACUAACAUUAGAUGCAUUUCAAAACGUUGAGCACAAUGUUGCAUAUUGACUUCAAUUAAUAUAUUAAUUGUAAUAAUGUAAACCUUCCGCGCAGAGGCUCUGCUACCCAGGAUGCUGGUGUGUUUCAGAGGAAGUUGUAUGCGUUUAUGUUGAAAAAGAGGGGGCAGAGCUGUAUUGAACAGGAUAACAGUUCAGGCAGACGUAGUGAGAAGGACAGACCGAAGAGACGAGCCCACAGCACAGCACAGCACAGCACAGCAUGGCAGAGAGAAGCACAACUGUCAGGGAGAAGUUCCCGAUAAAAUACGAAAAUCAGAAAGAAAUGCGGCGGCCGCGUGGUAGAAGACAAGGGAUAGCGCCCGUCUCACAUAUGGGAACCAUUGAAGUUAGAAAAAUGGGCUGAAAGAAGAAUACCAAUGUUUUGAUAUUUGAAAAAAUGUUUGUCAUCCGGAUGGUCGACCAUAUUUAUGACUAGGGGGAUUGGAAUGACCAAGACUUAAUCAAGGCCUGAACUGUCAUUCCCUCCCAAUGAAAUAAGAAGACAGCUAUGUACCCAAUUCUACUGGACAUUGAAGUGGAGACAACUGCUUUGUCAUCAAGAUGGCGACUGGGAUUUGGGAGCUAAUUGGAUUUUUGAAAAGCUGACUGCUUGGAUUUUUCUGGAUUUUAUUUGACUGUGUCAAUUGGAAUUACUUAAACUUUCACAUGGACUCUUGUGCUGGGGAUUCUUUGGACUCAGUUGUUUGAAUAGGCUAUUGUAAUAGUUGCUUUUACUGCAUUCAAUUAGAGUACUUUUCUACUUCUGUGAUUUCGUAAUGCGCUGUUAUUUAUAUUAAAUAAAACAAUGUUUUUUCACUAUUCUGACUCUUUCAUUGGUCAAUAUGCUACCCAAGAUUGUUACCAGACUAUAUUGUCUAUUUUCUAAAUGUGAAAAUUCUAAAUACAAACUUCGAAUCAAUUUCACAAAAAUGUAAUGACCUGUCUGGUAUUUUCUGGGGCUUCUUAAUGCAUCCAGUCAGUGGAAGGGAUACAAUUUUAAAUUACAUAAAUAGUGCUAGCUAGUAAUUACUACCUUUACGUAGGAUCGAGGGAUGUAGUAGAAGGUAAACGCAAAUAACAGUUUACGCAACUUUUUAUUUUGGGAAUCUUCACACACCUAUUACGCUAAAGUUUUUUGCUGAAGUGUUUACGUUUACUUGUCUCCAUCUCGAGCAUUGCUUAGCAACUUACCUUUGUGUAACACUACAUCCCUGGUGGGAUAAUUUCCUUUCAAGUUAAUUACAUCAUACACUUGGGUACCAUUUAUACACUCUAGGUAGGACUUCUGUCCACAAAAUCUGAUUUUGCGUGAUUACAUUUUUUAAAAAUACUGAAGUCAAGUUAAAGCGUAUGGCUUAUUGUGAUUGAUGCAGUCCAUGGUGAAGUGAAGACACUUAAUUAAACCAAUAAAAGUUAUACACUGCAGCUCUACAUAAUACAAAGAGUUAAAACGGAGCAAGAACUGAAAUGGUGUCCAAGGUUCUUUGCGUCUAAAAUGGCUCCGAAGUCUUAUUUCCUGUCUGAACAGGAAGUGAUGGGUCUCAGUGUUUUAAAUAUUAUUCAACUUUAAACCCAUUUUUGUUUCAAUAUGUAUCUAAAUUUGUCAAAUGAUAUCCUCUUGACGUGAAGAAACUAAAUGUAAAAAAAAAUAUAAAAAUGUAAUAUAGUUUCGCCGUUUUUAUACAAAAUUAAGGGGGUGGGACUUUUGGACAUCACCUGAGUGUGGGGUAAAUGGAAAUAACGUCAAUCAAAGGCAAAGCUUUCAGAGCUAGGAAGGAGCUCUAGAUGGCGGAUGAGCCUUGGGAAAGGGAACAAUUAACUGGGCUUUCGUCAGACCUUUUCUUUUUCAUGAAAUCCAGCUCGAAUAUGACGCGCUAUUAAUAUUAGUUUUACUUAAAAGAAACCGUGUUACUAUAGUGAACAGUGAAUUACGUUUUCUGCGGUGUUUAAUGCGUUUUUCGUCGUGUAGAUCCGUUUUGCAGCGUGUAUGCGCGAGUCGUUGUUUUCUCUGCCUAGGUUUGGCAGCCAUGGCGCCCCUCCAUUUUUAGUGUGCUCUGUGAAGAGCUCUAGCAUUUCGUCUCAGUAUCACUUUUGUGAGGUUUCAUUAUCCUAUUAUCAACAUUUAGUUUUUUUUGUGCCUGUUUAUUUUCAUUCAACCUUUUUUAAAUUGCAUUUAUUUUAAGUUUAAUGUCAUAAGUAUUAAAGUCUGCUUUUGCGGAUGUGAAUCUAACUUCAUUAUACCUUCCUGUACAUGGAAUAGGUAUGUUGACGUUUUAUAAUGCCUACCUACAAUCGAUUGUUUUUUCAUUUAUCACAGUUUAGGCGUUCUUUGUUUGGUGACGCAGUUAGAAUUUGUGCAUGUGGCUCGAUCGGUGAAUCUAAUUGAAAUACUCAACACUUGGCUUUUUUUUUAUCACAGGAUGUCAUCAGUUGUCAUUUAUUAAUCGAUAAUGUAUAUAGUAAUAUAAAUAAUGCCAGUUUUAAACGUCAGACACAAUGCUGAUGGCUUAUUUCAUAACGUGGAGGUUUUUACUGUCCUCUGAGCAAAAACAAUCUUAUGGGAGUUUUAUAAUGGUCCAUCCCUCUAACUUUUGACAGUCAAUACCAGGACAUAAGAUCAUCAAAUCAAACGUUUUCAAGAUAAAACGACGAUGAAGAAUAAGAAUAAAAAGCAAGAAGAUGAAGGUUCGACUCAAAGCAACGCAUCAAGCAAUUCGGCCUCUGAAGAAUCAAACCACUCUGGGUCGGAGUCUGGGAGUCAGUCGGAGAGUGAACAGGGCAGGGAGAGGAGAAGAUCGCACCACUCUGGAGAGUCCAACAGUUCCUCUGAAUCUGGGAGCCAGUCUGGGUCUCAGAGUGAAUCCCAGCAAGCCUCAGCAGAGGUCAACGACAAACCACCAGUUAAAAAGAGAGACAAUCUGGCAGAUGUAAAGAAGAUGUGGGAAGAGCAUCCAGAUGUCUAUGGGGUCAGGCGAUCAAAUCGCAGCAGGCAAGAACCUGCUCGUCUCAAUAUUGGAGCCGGGGGUAGCAGUGACUCAGAAGGUGAAAGUCCUAAAAGAAAAGCAACACGACAAAAAAGGAAAGAAAAUACCUGGAAGAGUGAUGACUCGGAGGAGGAGCAGGAGGAGGAUGCCAGCAGUGCAGACAGUGAGCAGGAAGAGAAAGUUAGAUCCAGACGACUUCCUGCUAGAAGACCACAGACCAAAUCAUCUACAGUCAAAAAACAGCAGCCUCCAAAGGGAAUGAAAACCAGGAAACAAGAGUCAUCUGUGGAGGAAGAUGAUGAUGAUGACGAUGAUGAAGAUACCCCAAAGAGACAAACCCGGCGAAGGGUGGCGGCCAAAGUCAGUUACAAGGAGGACCUGAAUGACUUUGAGACAGAUUCUGACGACCUGAUAGAGAUGGAGGGAGCUGAGGUGGAGCCGGAAGAUGACAGCGAGACCAUUGAGAAGAUCAUGGACACCAGAACAGGCAAAAAAGGAGCCUGUGGGGCUUCCACUACCCAGUAUGCUGUGGAGGAAAACGGGGACCCCGGAGCAGACUUUGACUCUGAGAAGGAUGAAGGAGAGACCCAUUACCUGAUCAAGUGGAAAGGCUGGUCCUAUAUCCACAACACCUGGGAGAGCAUCGACUCCCUCACUCAACAGAAGGUCAAGGGACUGAAGAAACUAGAGAACUUCAAGAAGAAAAACAAUGAGCUCAAUGCUUGGUUGAACAAAGCAUCCCCCGAGGAUUCAGAAUACUACAACUGCCAACAAGAGCUAACCACUGACUUAAAUAAGCAGUUCCAAAUUUUGGAAAGAGUCAUUGCGACUAAAAUAGGGAAGACACAGGGACCGUCUGAUUUCCCUUCUCACAGCCACAAGAAUGCGUCGUCGUCCAAUGAGCCGGAGUACCUGUGUAAGUGGAUGGGCCUGCCCUAUUCAGAGUGCAGCUGGGAGGAUGGAGCUCUGCUGGGGAAGAAGUUCCAGCACUGUAUAGACAGCUUCACCAACAGGAACUCCAGCAAAACAGUCCCCUCCAAAGACUGCAAAGUGCUGAAGCAGAGGCCCAGAUUUGUUGCACUGAAGAACCAGCCAUUGUACAUUGGGGAUGAGAACCUGCUGCUGAGAGAUUACCAACUAGAUGGACUGAACUGGCUGGCUCACUCCUGGUGCAGGUGCAAUAGUGUGAUCCUGGCUGAUGAGAUGGGUCUGGGGAAAACCAUCCAGACCAUCUCAUUCCUUUCCUACCUGUUCCACCAGCACCAGCUGUAUGGGCCCUCUCUGGUGGUGGUGCCCUUGUCCACCCUCACCUCCUGGCAGAGAGAGUUUGACACCUGGGCCCCCGACAUGAACGUGGUGGUCUACCUGGGAGAUGUGAUGAGCAGGAAAUCGAUCCGUGACUAUGAGUGGGUAUGCCAUCAGACGAAGAGAAUAAAGUUCAAUGCACUUAUAACCACGUAUGAAAUUCUACUGAAAGACAAGGCAGUGUUGGGGAACAUAAACUGGGCCUUCCUGGGUGUGGACGAAGCUCACAGGCUGAAGAAUGAUGACUCCCUGUUGUACAAAACCCUGAUCGAGUUCCGGUCCAACCACAGACUUCUAAUCACAGGGACACCACUACAGAACUCUCUCAAAGAGCUGUGGUCCCUUCUGCACUUCCUCAUGCCUGACAAGUUUGAGAAUUGGGAAGAUUUUGAAAGCGACCAUGGUAAAGGGACUGACAAUGGCUACCAGAGCCUCCACAAAGUCCUUGAGCCCUUCCUCCUGAGGCGUGUCAAGAAGGAUGUGGAGAAAUCCCUGCCUGCCAAGGUAGAACAGAUCCUCCGUGUGGACAUGUCCGCUGUGCAGAAGCAGUACUACAAGUGGAUUCUGACCAGGAACUUCAGAGCCUUGCAGAAAGGCACCCGAGGCAGCUCCUCUGGUUUCCUCAACAUCGUCAUGGAGCUGAAGAAGUGCACUAACCAUGGUUUCCUCAUCAGGCAGCCCGAGGAGGAGUGUGACACUCAACAGGAGCACCUGCAGGCAUUGGUGAGGGGCAGUGGGAAGCUGGUGCUACUAGACAAGCUGCUGACCAGACUUCGGGAGAGGGGCAACCGAGUCCUCAUCUUCUCCCAGAUGGUGCGGAUGUUGGACAUUCUGGCUGAGUACCUGGCCCUGAAGCGCUACCCAUUCCAGCGCCUGGACGGUUCCAUAAAGGGAGAAAUACGAAAACAGGCACUUGACCACUUUAAUGCUGAAGGCUCUGAGGACUUCUGUUUCCUGCUGUCCACCAGGGCUGGAGGGCUGGGGAUCAACCUGGCAUCUGCAGACACUGUGGUCAUCUUUGACUCUGACUGGAAUCCUCAGAACGACCUGCAGGCUCAGGCCAGGGCUCACAGGAUUGGCCAGAAGAAACAGGUGAAUAUCUAUCGCUUGGUCACAAAGGGAUCUGUGGAAGAAGACAUUAUUGAGCGAGCCAAGAAGAAGAUGGUUUUGGACCAUCUUGUCAUUCAGAGAAUGGACACCACUGGUCGAACUGUACUGGAUAACAACUCUGGAAAUUCUAAUUCCAACCCAUUCAACAAAGAUGAGUUGACUGCCAUCCUGAAGUUUGGAGCUGAAGAUCUGUUCAAAGAGGCAGAAGGAGAGGAGACUGAACCUACGGAGAUGGAUAUCGAUGAGAUCUUGCGGUUGGCUGAAACCAGAGAAAGCGACCACGGAUCCAGUGCCACAGAUGAGCUUCUCUCUCAGUUCAAGGUGGCCAACUUCUCCAACAUGGAGGAGAGUGCUCCAGACCUGGUGGAGCGGACGGUACCUGACUGGGACGACAUCAUCCCUGAGGACCAGAGGCGGAAGCUGGAGGAAGAGCAGAAGCAGAAGGAGAUGGAGGACAUCUACAUGCUGCCCAGGAGCAGGAGCUCCAACAAGAGGCCCCAGGCUAACGACAGUGACAGUGACAUUGGCUCCAAGCUGAAGCACCGUUCCUCAGGCUCUGAGAGCGAGACGGACGACAGCGGCGAUGACAAGAAGCCAAAGAGGAGAGGCAGGCCCAGAGCCCGCAAGAACAACGUGGAGGGUUUUACUGAUGCAGAGAUCCGCAGGUACAGUAUGUUCAUCAAGGCUUACAAGAAAUUUGCAGCUCCGCUUGAAAGGCUGGAGUGCAUUGCCCGGGACUCUGAGCUGGUGGAAAAAUCCCAGGCAGACCUGAAGAGACUGGGAGAGCUGAUCCACAACAGCUGUGUGACGGCUGUCCAAGAGCACGAAGAGCACCUCAGAGAGAACCCCAGUGAAGCCAAAGGUCCUGGGAAGCGCAGAGGUAUAAACAUAAAAAUCUCAGGAGUGCAGGUCAAUGCCAAGUCCAUCAUUCAGCAUGAGGAGGAGUUUGAGCCACUGCACAAAGUUGUGCCAGCUAAUCCUGCUGAGAGAAACAAGUUCCAACUGACUUGCAGAGUGAAGGUGCCACACUUUGACGUGGACUGGGAUCUGCAGGAUGACACUCAACUGUUGCUGGGGGUCUAUGAGCAUGGCUACGGCAACUGGGAUCUGAUGAAGACCGAUCCGGAUCUCAAACUUGCAGACAAGAUUAUCCCCGAUGACCCAGAUAAGAAACCCCAAGGGAAGCAGUUGCAGGGCAGAGUGGACUAUCUUCUGAAGACGUUGAAGAAAGAAGUGGAGAGUAAAGAAGUCACUAAGGACGAGGUCAAAGUGAAGCAGAGGAAGCCUCGGGUGAAGAAAGAGAACAAGGCCCCUAAAGAUGAGCAGGGAAAUUACAUUUCCUCCCCUCGCCUGUCAGACAACCCCUCCGAGGAAGGGGAGGUGAGGGAUGACGGGACAGAAAAAACUCCCUCAAAGAAGAGACAGAAGAAAAAGGAUAACAAAGAGAACAAAGAAAAACAGGGAACUCCUAAAAAAGAGGUGGAAAAAGACAAACGUCCCAAGACAAAAAAAGAAAAGGCUAAAGGAGCCAAAGGGAAGAAGCCCCAGGGGCCGGUCCACAUUACUGCUGGAAGUGACCCUGUUCCCAUCGGAGAGGAUGACGACGAGCUGGACCAGGAGACCUUCAGCAUUUGUAAGGAGCGCAUGAGGCCGGUGAAGAAGGCUCUGAAGCAGCUGGAUAAGCCUGACGAGGGCCUGUCCGUUCAGGAGCAGCUCCAACACACACGCACCUGCCUACUGAAGAUAGGAGACCGCAUCACCGAGUGCCUUAAAGCCUACAGCGACUCAGAGCAUGUCAAAACAUGGCGUCGGAAUCUCUGGAUUUUUGUGUCCAAGUUCACAGAGUUCGGAGCGAGGAAGCUUCACAAGCUGUACAAGAUGGCUCAGAAGAAGCGGUCUCAGGAGGAGGAGAAGGAGCAUAAAAAAAGGGGGGAUGACCCGUCGGGCAAGAAGAAGUCUUUCAGAGCAGAGGCGUCUAGUUCCAGUCGAGACUCCACCGGCACCCAGCCAUCGUCUAAGUCUCAUCCAGGCAUGCCUCGCCCCUCUCCCACAUCCCCCCAAGGUCACCACAGAGAAGGCUAUAACAAAUCCAACAACAGACACUUUGGAAAUGAUGAUCGAGAAGAUUGGCAGAGAGAUCGUAAAUACAACUACCCUGGAAAUAGCAAUCAAUCCUGGCAAGGCGAGCGACAUCAUCCAUAUGACGCCCAUCGGUAUAAGGACCAUCACUAUGGCGACCGUCAUCCACGUGAAGACUCCUACCGCAGUAGCUGUAGUAGUUACCGUAGCGGCAGCAGCAACUCCCCGCGGAAGAGGCCAUAUGACCAGUAUGACAACGACCAGGAUCACAGGGACCGCCGGGCCUAUUAUGACAGACAUUCAGACGCCAAGCGUAGACGCGGCGAUGACUUCCGUCCUCCCCAAGACUUCAGGAGUGGAGGAGGCCAUCCCCAGGACUUCAGGGGGAGGAUGCUGGAGCAAAGGGGGCCAACAGGGCAAGAACACUUCACCCGGCCCUAUCCAGACAAUAAACCCCCUCCCCUGCUGGACCCACGCUCCCCACAGGCUCAGAAGUCCCCCCAGGACUCACGCUCGCCAAACGCAGAGCGGACUGCAGAGCGUAAAGCAGCAGGGGCUGAUUUAAACUGGAACAACAGGAAGACAUGAGGCCUGUCACUGAAUGGAAAGGUGUUGUCCAGGUGAGGAACACAGUGGUGCUGCUGAAGGACAGGUCUGGGCCGACUAGACUCACUGUUUCGCUUGGCCAGACAACCUCAGUCGGAAACGGAAUUGACAAAUACUCUGUUUACCAGCAAACACCAAACUCUCCACAUCCCUCCCCCAGGUGUGAUUGUGGUAACGAUCUGUGUCUGUGACCAUGUAGAAAAGUGUUCAACAUUAUGGAAUAUGUAUCACACUAAGCAAUGUUUUUGUUGUUGAAAUUACAGAUAAUCAGUCAGUGUUAGUGAUGAGUCUGUAGAAGGCCUAUGGAUAGUUAGUCCUAUGGACUAUUAUGUGGGGAAAAAUUGAUGAUGACUGAUCUGGAAACAUUGAAGUGUCUGAAGUAUAUAGCCUUUUAAAUGUUAGCGGUAUGGGAUUAUUCCCAAAUACUUUUAUUUUUUUGAGUUUAGCUUUAUGCCAUUAUAAUAAAAGUCAUGUUUAUUCAUCUUGACCUGGUUAUGAAACUAUCAUAAUUUCAUAAAGAGAUGCCCAUUCUUUCCCGAAGAAAAAUAAGUACAUCUGUCUGUCUAAAUUGAAGACGAAUAGUAAGUUAGUCACACCAGUACCUAGUUCUCAGAAUUGCUAUUUAAAGUUUUUUAAUGAGCAUUUGUCAUUAGUGUUGUUAAUCAUUCUUCUGUAAAGACAUUCAUUGCCAUUGUCUUUUUGUUUUGUUUAUGAUAACUUAGUAGCGGGUCAGUGGUUAAGGACCUAAUGAGAAGGACAUGUUUAUAAACAUUAUUUAAGUUAAUUCGUUGUGCAAAGCUUCAGAAGAACACUGACUGUUAAAGUUAUCCCUAACCACAUUUAUUUGUAGGUGUGCAAAGAAUUUGCCAUUUAAACCAUAUUUCUCUCUAUCCUAUGUAUGAAUGGUACUUUUGCAUCUUACAUUGCACAAUUAGUACUGCACUCUACUGGCUUAGUGAACCUGUAAAAGUAUUGCGCUAUGUUUGAGAAGAAUCUGGAAAUCAUUUUUUCAUUUUCUAUAGUUAUGUGACACAGUGACAGCAGUGUAACCACUGAUCGAUUUUCUAAGGUACACUUGAGUGUUUACGGAUGUGAUUGAUGACAAGCUGUUAUUGGUCAUUCUGUUUUAGUGCCAAACCAGAGACUGGCCCUGCUGUCGUUCUUAUGAUUUCUGGUGUGCUUCUCCAUUUGUGCCUUAUUUCUGUGAAUAUUUUCAUACUGUAUAUCCUACUGGACACAUUUCAUUGAAAUGACAUGGAAACAACUGAUUUAACCAAUGUGUGUGCCCAGUGGGAUGAGUUAUGGACAUUUACUGUACUCUUCUACAGAGAUGAUGCAGUAUUUAACAGUCAUUUCUUGAGAUUGUUCUCAAUGGAUGAUUGUGUAACGUGGCAUGCUUGUUAAGCGAAGACUGGUGGUGGGAACAAAAUGAUAUUGUUUGUCAUGUUCUUCUGCAACUCCCCAAAAGAUCUUGGGAAAAAUGAUUUACACAGAUGAAUCAGUGUUAUGUCCUCUGUGGGCAUAUCUGAUAGAAGGAAUAGCCAACCAACACCACCUUCCUUUUCUCCACGCUACAGUCCCUGGAGUUGUGUUUUUGAAAACAAGCCUAAAUAAUUUAUAUUUGUGAGAAAGCCACUCCACGUGAAAUAUACUGUCAAUAUGUUUAUAGACAUAUGUAUUAAACUUUGCUACAUUAUAAAA